CACUUGUAUAUGGCUGGCCACUCUGGCACACUAUUGUUCUAGUGCCAAAAUGGUCAAUUGGUGUAUCAAAACAAUUUGGCCACUGGCGCUAUUGGUGGCUCUCACUAGUGCCUAUAAACAUGUUCGCCUCCAGGAUAACAUGUGCUCGGACAAACUAUUUCACACACUGGCCAAGCCUUUUCGGGGUGAUCCGACUUUGCGACUGGAGUUCGAUGAUGACUCCGGGUCAAUUGUGACACAGGCGUGGAAUGUAACACUACCCCAUGGACAUGGUGGUAAUAAGAUCAAGUACGACUGCCACUUUAAAGUUGUGACUAAUGAGCGCCUACCGCGUGGAAUCUACACCAUCAUAACACGGCUCAAGUUUCGGCGGGAUCCUGUGUCAAAUAAUUGCAUCGACUAUAUUCAGUUCAGCAGCGGAAAUCGGUCGCCAAGCGAGCGCAUCUGCACGGACAUUUCCAUUGAUGGACCCGCCGGACGGCUAAUCUUUGACCAGCGGGACCGCGAAGUUAAUGUUCACAUAUUCAUCGACAAGGCUAGGCACAUUCUCGGUGACCCCCUGGAACUGCGAAUGGUUCUCACUGCCCACUCCGAGUGCCAGUUCAACGGCGACUUCUUGUGCAAUCCCAAUGACCAGUAUUCUUGCAUUUCGAGGCACUUCGUGCGGGACAACAUCACCAAUUGCCUAUAUCCAUGUCGCGAUGAGGGCACCUGCUUCCACGACGCUGUGGUACCGGAAGAGUACGACACUGCCAAUGUGGCGAUUUCGGCGCUGACAUCGCUAAUCUUCACCAUGCUGGGCGUGGGGUUCUGCGUCUGGAUCUGUUGGAAGUAUUGGAACUGCAUUACAGUACAGCAGCGGGCACACGAGGCCUCCGCCGCACGUUUCGAUCAGCGACGGGCAAGGUCGGAUGUACCCACCAUAGAGUUGCCCUCAGGUCCGCAGUAUGACGAUGGUGUACUGUCCGAGCAAGAUUCCCAACACCAGCAUCCAGCGACACCGAAGGAUCUGCCACCUAGCUACGAGUCCCUGUUUCCGGACAGAUAAAGAUUUGGGCCAGGAUUAGUUCCGAUUUGUUCCAGAUCAGCAAGUACUUGGCAUCGCACACUUGUUGUAUUAGUCCUAUUAGGUAAUUUUAUCUCUAUCUAAACAGAUCAGCAUUCCAUGUAAAUACGAUAGGACUGAUUUUAUGUUUUGUGAUUAGCGUUAGCGAUCGAACGUCUAUUUUUUCUCAAUGUGUGUUCACUACGAACCAAAUCCGAAAUACUCUUACCGAGAAUCUCCAUAUUUUUACUGUUGUAUAUAUUUAAGUUUUAUUUUUCACACGUAUAUUUUUUCAAUGUGUGUUCACUACUAAUCGAAUCCAAAAUACUCUUACCGAGAAUCUCCAUAUUUUUACUGUUGUAUAUAUUUAAGUUUUAUGUUUUUCAAAAUGAGUAUAGUGGAUGUUUAUCGUGCAGCUGUUGAAACUGCCUUUUGGCACGUCAAAUUGUUUAAUCACUGAUGAAUUUUCACAGAAAUUAUAAUACUCUACAAAUGUAUCAAUUAUUUAUCUAAGCAAACAAUUAUUGAUAAGUAAGCCACAAUGUACUCGUCACUGUAUUAGCUAGCGUAAAUAUUCCAAGGUCCAGGCGUUCCAUCUGAAAGGCCAGGAACCACUUGGCCAAGUAUUCCAUAUAGUUGUACCUGUUUCUGUACUGCAUAGACGUAUGUAUGUUAUGUAUACCACGCGCUUGUAGAUGUCUUUGUUGUGAGCUCGGCCGAAAGUGUCAAUUGUUUAAUCGAGAUUGUCGAAAAAAAGAAUAAUAUUAGUAAGCACCUGUGCUCAUGAGGAUAUGUAUGAACUACAGUAUUUACUCCAAAUAUGUAACUGCAAUGAAAACGGAGAGAUCCAAGCGAAGCAGCACGUUUGUGGUCAGUAGGUACUAAGCCAAUUAACUCAUAUGUAUACACACGCAACUCACUCAAAUACGUAUUAACUGAUAAAUAAACCAACUAAAUCUCAA